AUCCAACUUUAAAAAAAAAAAAAAAAAAGGUUAAAAAAGUCACUCAAGUAUUAAAAAAUAACUAAUCAUGAUGCGCUUUCACAAAGCUUGUCAUCGUUUCUCUCUUUCACCUCUCUGCCAUUUAUCUCCGCCGUCUCCGUCGCCGUCUGCUUCUCUCUUCCUACCUCCCAAGCUUUCCGGAUUCUCGACGCUGCGUACGCGCCGCUUCGCAAGAACUCGCCGAUUCUCCGGAAACCCGUUCACCACUUCCAUGUCUUCACGUUCUGCUUCUAGGCUUCGUUGUCUCGCAUCUGUCUGUCCUGGAGGUGCUGAAGACGGUGGUGGCAGCUCUAAUGGCUCGGUUUCAGCCUCUGCUUCGGCUACUGAAGACGAUGAAUUGGCGUUAGGCACUGGAUAUCGUCUUCCUCCACCCGAGAUCAGAGAUAUUGUAGAUGCUCCACCAGUCCCGGCAUUAUCAUUUUCACCACAUAGGGAUAAGAUAUUGUUUCUCAAGCGGAGAGCAUUGCCCCCGCUGGCAGAUUUAGCUAGACCAGAGGAGAAGCUUGCAGGUGUUCGAAUUGAUGGAUACUGCAAUACCAGAAGCAGAAUGUCUUUCUAUACUGGUUUAGGAAUCCAUCAGUUAUUGCCUGAUGGUACAUUGAGUCCAGAGAAAGAGAUCACUGGCAUUCCAGAUGGCGGUAAGAUUAACUUUGUCACAUGGUCUAAUGACGGUAAGCAUCUGGCUUUCAGCAUCCGGGUCGAUGAGAACGGAAAUAGUAGUAAGCCAGUAGUAUGGGUAGCUGAUAUUGAGACUGGAGUAGCUAGGCCAUUGUUUCAGUCACAAGAUAUCUAUCUGAAUGCGAUUUUUGAGAGUUUCGUUUGGAUUGAUAACUCCACUUUGUUGGUGAGCACAAUCCCUUCAUCUCGUGGGGACCCACCAAAGAAACCUUUGGUCCCAUCCGGUCCCAAAACUCUGUCAAACGAGAAGAAGAAUGUUGUCCAGGUUAGAACAUUCCAAGAUUUGCUUAAGGAUGAGUAUGAUGCUGAUUUAUUUGACUACUAUGCCACAUCUCAACUGGUAUUGGCUUCUCUGGAUGGUACAGUGAAGGAAGUAGGAAAACCUGCAGUGUAUACAUCGUUAGACCCUUCAACAGACCAUAAGUACUUGUUAGUAUCAUCACUUCAUAGGCCAUAUUCCUUCAUCGUACCUUGUGGUAGAUUUCCAAAGAAGGUGGAAGUCUGGACAUCUGAUGGUAGAUUUAUAAGACAGCUCUGUGACUUGCCCCUAGCUGAAGAUAUUCCCAUUGCCUCCAACAGUGUGCGGAAAGGAAUGCGUUCAAUAAACUGGCGAGCAGACAAGCCUUCAACCCUCUACUGGGCAGAAACACAAGAUGGAGGUGAUGCCAAAAUGGAAGUUUCGCCGCGUGAUAUAGUUUAUAUGCAGUCUGCGGAACCAUUGGCAGGAGAAGAACCAGAAGUGUUACACAAGCUCGAUCUUCGUUAUGGAGGGAUUUCUUGGUGUGAUGAUACAUUAGCUCUGGUUUAUGAAUCAUGGUAUAAAACACGACGGACAAGGACAUGGGUUAUAUCUCCUGGAUCUAGCGAUGUCAGUCCACGCAUCUUGUUUGAUAGAUCAUCGGAAGAUGUCUAUUCAGACCCUGGCUCAACCAUGCUGAGGAGAACUGCUGCUGGAACAUAUGUAAUAGCAAAGAUAAAGAAGGAAAAUGAUGAAGGCACUUAUGUCUUACUGAACGGAAGUGGGGCUACACCACAAGGGAAUGUACCCUUCCUUGACUUGUUCGACAUAAACACAGGCAACAAAGAACGAAUCUGGGAGAGCGACAAGGAAAAGUAUUUUGAGACAGUUGUUGCCUUGAUGUCUGACCAGAAAGAAGGGGACUUAAGAAUGGAGGAGCUGAAAAUCCUGACAUCAAAGGAGUCUAAAACUGAAAAUACCCAAUAUUCUCUCCAACUUUGGCCUGACAGGAAAGUGCAACAGAUUACAAACUUUCCUCAUCCGUACCCGCAGUUGGCUUCGUUACAGAAAGAGAUGAUCAGGUAUCAACGAAAAGACGGAGUUCAACUUACUGCAACACUAUACCUCCCACCAGGCUAUGAUCCAUCAAAAGAUGGUCCUCUUCCUUGUCUGUUUUGGUCUUAUCCUGGUGAAUUCAAGAGUAAAGAUGCUGCUAGUCAAGUCCGUGGCUCUCCAAAUGAAUUUGCAGGCAUUGGCUCAACUUCUGCCCUUCUUUGGCUUGCUAGAAGGUUUGCUAUAUUAUCUGGACCUACCAUACCUAUAAUUGGUGAAGGUGAUGAAGAGGCUAAUGACAGCUAUGUAGAGCAAUUGGUUGCAAGUGCUGAGGCUGCUGUAGAGGAAGUCGUCAGGCGUGGAGUGGCUCAUCCAAGCAAAAUUGCUGUUGGGGGACACUCCUAUGGAGCGUUUAUGACUGCAAAUCUUCUUGCUCAUGCUCCUCAUCUUUUCUCCUGCGGAAUAGCUCGAUCUGGCGCUUACAAUAGAACACUCACUCCCUUUGGUUUCCAGAACGAGGACCGAACUCUGUGGGAAGCUACUAACGUCUACGUAGAGAUGAGCCCAUUCAUGUCUGCUAAUAAAAUCAAGAAGCCAAUCUUGCUCAUUCAUGGUGAAGAAGACAAUAACCCAGGAACUCUAACAAUGCAGUCAGACCGAUUCUUCAAUGCACUAAAAGGUCACGGCGCUCUUUGCCGUCUUGUUGUUCUUCCUCACGAGAGCCACGGGUACUCAGCACGGGAAAGCAUUAUGCACGUUCUCUGGGAAACCGACCGUUGGCUUCAAAAAUACUGUGUUCCAAACACAUCAGAUGCAGAUGCAAGUCCGGACCAGUCGAAAGAAGGCUCAGAUUCUGCAGACAAAGUAGCGGCAGGCACAGGUGGUGGUAAUCCCGAGAUUGGUGAGCACGAAGAUCACUCCAAGCUCAGGAGAUCACUUCUCUGAGUUCCAUAGGUGCUUUGUUGGCUACAUACUUCAUUCGAAUGCACUUGCAGAAGAGUACACCAUAAAUAAAAUAAAAAAAGGCAGAAGCAACACAAACUAUUUUUUUAGAGAAUAUUGCGAUUCAUAAUAAUUUGAAAAGAAAAGGCUUUGAUACAUGAAAUGCUGUAAACACUCUUGUCAAGUGCAAUACUUCCAUCUAUAAGUCUCAACAAUA